CAAAAACAGCCCCUUUUUCUUUCCUCCACGAUCAGCGACGAGGUCGAAUACGAUCUUUCUCACUGCUCCAAUCAAAAUUUUCAAUUUUCUCCAAAGCUCUCUCUGUCUUAUUGUAUCCAAAUCAAUCUCAGUGAUUUACUUGUAAAGAAGUCGCCUCUUAUUAUAGUCUCUCUCUCUCUCUCUCCAGAGGCCCAGUAGUUUUGAAAUAUGGCUGGCCAAAACGCGCGUUUGAAUGUGGUUCCCACUGUUACAAUGCUUGGGGUUAUGAAAGCUCGUCUUGUUGGAGCUACAAGAGGUCAUGCUCUCCUCAAGAAGAAGAGUGAUGCUUUGACUGUUCAGUUUAGGGCACUUCUCAAAAAAAUCGUUACUGCAAAGGAAUCCAUGGGAGAUAUGAUGAAGACAUCCUCUUUUGCGCUUACUGAAGUAAAGUAUGUCGCUGGCGAGAACGUCAAACAUGUUGUCCUCGAGAACGUUAAAGAAGCUACGUUGAAGGUUCGUUCUCGGACAGAGAAUAUUGCUGGUGUGAAGCUUCCCAAGUUUGAUCACUUCUCUGAAGGCGAGACCAAGAAUGACUUGACCGGUUUAGCUAGAGGUGGUCAGCAGGUUCAAGCUUGCCGUGUGGCUUAUGUGAAAGCCAUUGAAGUUCUAGUUGAGCUUGCUUCCCUCCAGACUUCUUUCUUGACGCUUGAUGAAGCUAUCAAGACAACUAAUCGCAGGGUCAACGCUUUGGAGAAUGUGGUGAAGCCGAAGCUGGAGAAUACAAUCAGUUACAUCAAGGGAGAGCUUGAUGAGCUCGAGAGAGAGGAUUUCUUCAGGUUGAAGAAGAUUCAGGGAUACAAGAGGAGGGAAGUCGAACGACAGGCAGCUAAUGCUAAGGAAUUUGCUGAGGAUAUGGUUCUUGAAGGAAUCUCUAUGCAGAGAGGGAUUUCGAUUAACGCUGCUCGUGACUUUCUUGCUGGCGGUGCAGAGAAGGAUACAGACAUUAUUUUCUAAGGUGUGGGCUCUUUCGGUCCCUUUUGUGAUUGCUCGGUUUCUGUUCUCGCUGUCAUGCCUUCAUUACUCUCUUCAUCGUAUUUAUGUUUUCAAAAUAAAAUGGAUUUCAUGUAGAUGACUUAUUUGUAUCAUCUUGGAUUGUGCUUUGCUACAAUUUUCCUCAAGAGAUUUGUGAUUGUUACUCUUUUGGGUAAUGAUAAUUCCCCUGUUUCCAAGACCAA